AAUUCUUUUUCUAUAAACGGUUUCCCAUGCCGAUCAUUAUUACAAAUUUACUGUUCCUUUCAAUGUGCGUCAAUUGUUAAUUAUUUGAAAUUUUUUAUUUUCUGAUUGCCAAUUAGUUUUUAGUUAAUUUCAUGAUUUGUGGGACAAUAGGUAAUUAAUUGGAAAGGUAUAACCAUGUUUGGAACACCACAAACUUCAACCACAAGCCCAUUUAAUGCACCAUCAACCUCACAGAAUACAUUUGGCUUUGGAACUCCAGCCAACAGAAUGCAAUCAACUUUUGGUCAACCUGCUGCAUUUACAGCCAAUAGAACAGCACCAGCCACAGGAUUCGGUGUUGGUGCUACUACUAGUACUGGUUUAUUUGGCUCGCAAACAUCUACAACACCUUUCUUUGGUUCACCAUCAACAACACAACAAACAACAGCGUUUGGAGCUACUUCUACAGCUGCUUCUCCUUUUGGUGGUGGUGCUGCUACAACAUCACUUUUCGGUGGAACGAAUACCGCUCAAACAAGCACACAAUCUCUGUUUGGUCAAAACACAUUCUCAGCUACAACUCCAUUCAGUGGAGCAACUGCUACUAAUACAAUGCAAGCUCCUGGUACUACUGUCAAAUUUAAUCCAUUAAUUGGAAGUGAUACAAUGUUGAAGAACAAUAUCAACACUACUAUCAGUACUCGACAUCAAUGUAUCACUGCCAUGAAAGAGUAUGAAACAAAAUCAAUGGAAGAGUUACGUUGGGAAGAUUAUCAAGCUAAUCGUAAAGGUCCACAAGCUCAAGGAGCUAUGUUUGGUCAAACGGCUACUACUGAAUCUUUGUUUGGUGCUACACAACAACAACAGCAGCAACAGCAACAGCAGCAACAGCAGCAGCAACAAAGUGCCACUACUGCUCCAUUUAGCUCUGGUACAAACUCAAUAUUUGGUAAACCAACAUUUGGUACAUCAACAUCACUCUUUAAUGCACCAACUUUCGGUACACAACAAGCAAAGCCUGCAUUUGGAACGGCACCAACCACAACAACAUUUUCUUUUGGACCUGUAAACCAACAACCUGCAACUGUCACCUCUGGAGGAUCAUUAUUCAACCCAACUCCAUCAUCAUUUACUCCAAGUACCAAUUUCUUUCAACCUCCAGCUACAAAUACACAAACCAAAUCAUUAUUUGGUACCUCAACUACUACAGCUACUCCUUCGUUAUUUGGUGCACAAGCUACAACAACAACUCCAUCAUUAUUCGGAGCUAAUGCAUCUACUACUGCUGCAAAACCUGGAUUUGGAUUACCAACCACAGGUACUAAUACUUUUGGAACUACAGCACCCUUUGGUCAAAACACUUUCAUGUUUAACUCUAAUCCAGCCACAACAGCAGCAUCUUUAUUUUCGUCUAACUUGUCAACAACAGUUUCUACCGCCAAUACGAACGCAAUGAAUAAGCCAGCAAACCUAUUCAACUUCUCAAGUAAUCCUAUUACCACACCUUCAUUCAACGCCGGUACUACAAACUUUUUUGGUGCUCAAAAUACAUCUGGGUCUAUGUUUACAAACUCUCUCCAAACUGGACAGUCACAAGUGCAACCAAUUUCGUUGCAACAAAGUUUGUCCCAAAAUAUGCCUACUUCUGAAUUAUUAAUGAAUCGACUCCAAAACAUGCCAUAUGGUGACUCGCCUGUCUUUCAAAAUGUUAAUGGUUUGAGUCAAUCUUUGCCUAUGAAGUUUUCAGAUUCGAAAACUUUAUAUCAAUAUAAAGUUAGCAAUAAAUCUGCUAGUAACUCAAAGGUGAUUCGUAAGGCGGGAUCCGCUACAUUAAAUUCAUCAUUUUUAUUUGAUGAUCUAGAGGAUGAAAAAGCGCAAGAAGAACCUAAAUCAGCUUUGGAUUUAUUUGCACCUCGCAGAAACAUUAAAAGAUUAGUUCUCAAGCCUAAAGAUUCAUCGCUAAAUGCAUCAAUUACCGAUUCACCAACUCUAUCGUUUGCACAAAGACCAAUUUCAAGUGCAUCCAAAGAAAAUGUUGCUGAAAAUACUGUUUCUGAACUUUUCUCAAUCAAUCAAAAUAAUGCUACAAAUGCAUCAAACACAACCACAACCAUCACCACCGGCAACAUCAACAAUAAUAAUAACAAUAGUAAUCAUGGCACUCCACGUAAUUCAGUUACUUUUGGUGAAACAUCAAUAAUGGGUGACAAUCUUAAUAAUUCUAGUUUGCUUGGUGUUGGGGAUUCAAAUGAUGAAAGUAGCCUGAUUUGUCCGUCUACACCUCCACCACCAUUAAAAUGUGGAUUAAAAUUGACAAAAUUAGAUUAUUAUACUAAACCUGCGUAUAAAGAUCUUGAUAAAUAUUACAAUUCAUCAAAUGAUACCUGUCCAGUUCCUAGUUUUAUUAUUGGCCGUGAAGGAUAUGGUGAAAUUUAUUGGGAAGAUCCAUUGGAUGUUAAAGGUUUAAAUCUUGAUGAGAUUGUUCAUAUAAGAAGAAAAGAAGUAAUUGUUUAUCCUGAUGAUGAUUGUAAACCUGAGAUUGGUGAAGGACUUAAUAGACCAGCUCAAAUAACUUUACAUCAAGUUUGGCCAGUGGAUAAAACAACUCAUGAAAUAAUUAAAGAUAUUGAUCGACUACGAACAAUGAAAUAUACUGAAAAAAUUGAAGCCGCAACAAACAAGUUAGGAGCGACUUUUAAGGAAUAUAGACCCGAGUCUGGAUCAUGGGUCUUUUGUGUUAAACAUUUUUCAAAAUACGGUCUAGUUGACGAUGACGAUGAUGAUCUACCAGAUGACAAAGAACAGUUGCCGCCUCCUCCUCCUCCUCCUUCAUCCGUCCUUCCUGCUGGUCGAUUAAUUCUCCAUAAACCAUCCCAGUCAACUCAAACGAAAGAGCCACCUACUUUCGAAAUCAUGGAGAUGCGUUCUGAUAAAAGUUAUGCUGAUUAUACUCUUAUUCACGAUAGAAGUGCUCUAAACAUAAGUCAAAUCAGUCAAAUAACCGGGGCUGGGGCUUUGGUCACCGAUUUCAAAGAUCUUUCAGUCGAAAAAGUCCCUGAAAUUUUCUCAAGCUAUUAUGAUUCAAUGAGAUUUGCUUUGUUUAGUGAAGAAGAUGAUGGCGAUCAAGUCGCACAGACAAAUUUUAAAAGACCUAAGCGAACGCCAAAUGUAGCUGAUGAAAAGAAGCCUAUGGUCGAAAUGCCCACAAGCUAUGUUACCAAAAUUCAUUUUGUUAAGAAGCGUGAAUUAAUUUUAGAGCCCGAUAUUUUCCCUUUUAGUCAUAAUCUUUUCUAUGAUAGCUGCGCUGUUCGUCAUAGCUUGUCACCAAAAAUUAGAUUUUUCAAUGGAUCAUCAAAUUUUACCCUGAUAAAAGGCACUAACGUUAUCAUCUAUAACCUCGAUCUCAUUUCCGAAGUUUCAGACCAUUAUUCACGAUUCGAUACCCAAUUAAAAGAUAAUUCAACUAUUUCAAGUCAAGAAAGUGAACCACCAUUUAUCGAAACUAAACCAAAGGCUCUUAAUAAACAUAAUGUUGCCCACUUGGAAAAAUUCGUGGAAGCCUUUUUUGGAGAUUUGAGUGAAACAACUUUAUAUGGACAACAACACGAAAGAAUCAACCGAGUUAUUGACUGGUUAGCUGAAAGAAAUAAGUUAGUGAAAAAACCAAGAGAUCUUUCCUCUCGAAUAAUCCACAAUCUGUGUUGUAAUGACUUAAAAGGAGCCAUUGAUGAGGCAUUAGUCGGUCGAAUGCCUAAAAUUUCAAUUUUACUUUGUUCCGGAAAUAAUUUGAAUGUUAAAAGCAGCACAAUCAAACAAUUGGAAAGCUGGAGAAAAAGUGGCGCUGAUGCCUUUAUCGAUAAAAAUCUUCUUAAAAUUUACGUAAUACUUUCUGGUGGUGUUAGAUGGGUAACCAGCUCUGGAGAUGAAAUUGAUGUGCUUGACGGAUUAACUUGGACACAGCAAUUAUGUUUAAUGCUUGUCUUUUCAACUCACGAUGGUCUUCCAGAUUGUAUUGAAAAUCUUACCGUUGAAACAAAUGACAUUGAAUACCAUUUACUCGCCCGCCAUUCACCUUUCCAUGCAAUCGAUGCUGCAGAUAAUUAUCUGGAAGGAUGGUUUCUCCAUCAAUCUUUACAAAGUUAUAAAGUUAUUGAAAAUGAUUCUCGAAGUGAUCUUAUCCAUAUGAUUGUUUGGUCUCAAUUGAUAUCCAAAAAUGUAUUGUUAGCUUGUUUUGUGGCCUGCCAUAUAAAAGACGAUUUCCUACGUAAUUAUGCUGUUACAGAGGCAAUUACACAUUACUCUCCAGUUUUCCGAGCUCAAGAUGAUUCUCAUUUAUUAUCAUCUUUAUCCAUUCCAAAAUCAUUGCUCUCCCGUUUGAAAGCUAUCUAUUUUAAGAAUAUUUUUGAUUAUGAAAAAUAUGCUUUUGCACUACUCGAAGGAGAAGAAUGGUCCAAAGCACAUGAUGCUUUCGUUGAUAAAAUAUUUCCAGAGUUAGUUAUUUAUUCUGACCUGGCUACUCUUCGACAAAUUAUUGAUCAGUUAAAGCCUCAUCGUGAAAAAAUACCAAAUUGGUUUUCUAAUGGUGCGAAUGUUUACGACAUUUAUUCGCAAGCUUUAAUCAGUCAAUCAGAUGCCAACCUUGAUGAUUUCAAUGCUCAUCUAUUAAAAUGUGAAAAUGACCGACAAACCUUGUGUCAAAGUGAGAUGGCUCGAAAAAUGAAUUAUAUCCUGGUUUCUCUUCGUGGAGGUCUUUACCAAUUGAACACGCCGAUUCCGCCUGAUUAUGCCUUGAAGGAAUUAAACUUCAACUGUCGUCAAUUACUCAAUGUUAUCUCACAAUAGUUGAUAUUUUUGUCAAGUUAUACCAUCAUCAUUAUCAUUCUCUUAAUUAUGGUAUCAAAUAUUCUGUUUGGGAUCAAUGAGUUACCGACAGUGUGAAAAGAAACAGCAUUUCUAAUUGUUCUAUAAUUUCUUAUUACCAAACACGUUUACACUCUCUUCAAAAGCUAACGAAAUAAAAUUAGAAAAUGAUUAAUAAACUUGACUCUCUUUUUUAUAGCGAAAAUAAAUCUGUUUCAUCAUUUGUAAAAACGUCUAAACAUUUUAAUCUCAAUAAACCACCAUAAAGUGUGUCAAACGUACAUUUAA